AUGUCUGAGUAUGAAAGUAUGUCAUUUACUUUAAGUCCAGAAGAAAAUUGUAAGAAUGAUACAGUUCAAAUGCAAUCAAUCAAUCUUGUUUGUCCAGUGUGUGAUGCUGGAUAUAUAAAUAAAAACGAAUUUUAUGAUCAUUUACGUAUUCAUGCUGGAGAUGUAUUAUUAAAACAUGUGCAAUACUUAAAAAAAGAUACAAAUAAUGAAAUACAAACAGUGCCAAAAUAUUCUAUUCCAAAACAAACAGUUGAUGAUAAUUUUUAUGAAACUAUAUUAAGGCCUUUCAAAUGUCAGCAGUGCAGUUUAACUUUUGAUAGAGCUUCUCAAUAUGAUUAUCAUCAUCGAAGUAUACACUUAGGUGAAAAAUCACAGCUUUGUGAAAUCUGUGGUAAAGGUUUCUUUCGCAAAGCAGACUUAAGAACCCAUUUGAAUAUCCAUUUAGGCACAAAUGUUUGCAUUUGUGAAGUUUGUGGAAGGAAAUUUAAUCAUAUAUCUAAUUUGAUUAGACACUGCAGAAUGCAUGCUGGGGUAAAAUUGUAUCCAUGUUCUAUUUGUGGUAAACGUUUUACUCAAAUUAGUUCUCUUGCUCGACAUAAACGUAUUCAUGAAAGAGCAAAGGAUGAUGUUAAAUAUCAUUCACAAAAUAAUUUUAACAAUAGCAAUUUACAGAAGAAAGAUCAUGUAAUGAGUAAGAAUAAGUUUGUUGAAGGUAGUGCACUUAAUCAGCAAAAGGUUAUCAAAAGGCAACAUUAUUGUAAAAUCUGUGGUGAAAGUUUCAAUUUUAUAUUUCUCUUAAGGGAGCAUGAAAAAUUUCAUUUACAAACUUUGGAUUGCAAAAACAAUGAGGUGAGUUUUCAGAAAACUACAGAACUUAAAGAACAAACACAGCAUAUUAAUAAUUUUGACUUUCUUGAAAAUGAAAUAAAUAUGAAAAAGUCAUUACCAUUGGAAACAAUUAUCUAUAUUACUUCAGAACAGUUGAAGAAAAUCAAUCUAGAAAACAUUGAAGAUAAUAGAAAUCAUGUUUCACAAGAAAAUUUAUGUGAAACAAAAGUUUUAGCAGCUGAAGAAUUAAAUGCCUCUGAGAAGAUAGCAUUUAACAAUGAACAAAAUCAACUUGUUCAUGAUAGUCCAUUUUUAUUAUGUAAAUCUAAUAAUCCUAUAGAAAGAGAAAAUGUAGCAUAUGUUUGUCAAGUAGAUGAGAAUGUUCAUAAAAAUAAAUUAUCUGUACAAACAUGCGAAUUAGAUUUACAAAAAUCCGAAACGAUAUCGAAUUAUAAUACCUUAAUAAAUACUCCUGUGAAUGUUACCGAUAUGUUUCAAAAAAUAGAUCUCUCGGAAUCUAGUAGCAAUGAACAUCUUAAUUCGGAUCCAAAUAUACAUAAAAAUCAAGAAACUAAUUUAGUACAAAGCGAAAAAAUAUCAGAUGAUUUAAAUGACAUAAAUAAUAUUGUAAAUCACGACGAACCAAUGUUGCGUUUAGUACAAACAGAAACAGGGGAACAGUUCUAUGAAUUUUUAAUUAACAAUUUAGUUGAAAAACUACCAAAUACACUAUCCACAAAAACUUCGGAGAACAAAGAUGAAAAUACAAGUAUAAAUGAAGAAAAUCGAGAACAGAAUAUACGAGAUGAUAUACAAAAUGAUUUAAAUUACACCCAAUACGAACUACAAGGUGAAGAAAAAAAUUUUGUUGCAAAUCAGAUUUUAUUAGACACGCAAACUGAUUUCGACAAAUAUGUUGAAACAAAUUUCGAAGCAUUCGAAAGAUUAAAUUACGAUGACAGUUCCGAGCGAUUUCUUGAAUUUGUUGAAACCACAGGGCUCGAGAAUCAAAGCUCAAAAAUUUUGGAAUGCAAUAAAGAAAGUGAAGAAUUUUUACAAUUCCAAAAUUUCAGUGAGGUUGAUCCUGUACAAUCGAAUGAAAAAAAUACCAUUAACGAUAAUGAUAGUACUAAUCGAACUGUUGAAACAGAUGAAAAACAAAAACAAAAUAAAGAUGUGAUUAGUGGUAAUGAAGAAUUAGAAGAUGAACAAGAUUUAAAAAAGUCAAAAACAUUUUUAAUAAAGUUUCAAUGUACAGUAUGUGAAAAGUCAUUUUCAACUAGUUACAAUUAUAAGCAGCAUAUAGGUACUCAUUUUGCAGAUCAGCAAAAAUUUCAUUGCAAAGAUUGUAAAAUGUCUUUUGCUUGGAAAUCAACACUAAAUAAACACAUUGCAAAUAAUCAUAGACCAGAAGGUCCACAGAAGUUUGCAUGUGAUAUAUGUAAUAAAAUUUAUAAUACUUCUUCACAAGUAAAUGAACAUGUAAAACGUGAUCAUUUAAAGCAGCGAAACCAUGUUUGUUCUCAAUGCGGUAAAUCAUUUUUUAAAAAGUACGACUUGAAAAUACACAAUAGAAUUCAUACUGAUGAACGACCGUACGUUUGUCGAGCUUGUGGAAAAAGAUUUCAUCACCGAAGUCAUAUUAUCCGUCAUGAACGCAUACAUUUCUAG